AUGGAGAAUUGGGUUCCAGUAAAGGUCUUAGGUCAAGGUUCUUAUGCGGUAGUUUGCUUAGCAAAACAAUCAUCGGCCAUUAGAAAAAAAUCUGAUAAUAAUCUUCCCUACUAUUUUGCUGUCAAACUUUCUCCUCUUCAACAUAAUUCUUCAUUGUUGUGGGAAGAACAAGUAUUGAAACAGUUCAAGGACUGUCCAGAAAUUGUUCAAUAUUUGGGUAGUGAGAUAACGAGAGGGAGAGAUAUUCGUAAUGAUCAUGUGGAUUUUUACACUCUGAAGUUGGAGUAUGCUGCGGGAGGGACUUUGGAUGACUUGAUCGAACAAAGAGACAAGUUACCUGAAGCUGAGGUGAAAGAUUAUCUUCGAAUGAUACUUAAAGGUCUCUCUUGUAUUCAUAGUAAGGGAUUUGUUCACGUUGAUCUUAAGCCUAACAACAUUCUUGCAUUCCCUCAAAGUGAUGGUAAGAUGAAGUUAAAAAUUGCUGACUUUGGACAAGCAGAGAGAUCAAAGUAUAGGGUUGAUGAUCAACAUAAACAGUACCCGCCGUGUUGCAGUUCGUUCAAGUUUAAAGGAACACCUAGAUAUAUGUCACCUGAAUCCGUGGUAUUCAACGAAGUCAAUGACGCGGACGAUAUUUGGUCGUUGGGUUGCAUUUUGGUUAAAAUGAUUUCUGGAAAGUCUGCGUGGGAUGAUUGUAAAGAUUCUAAACAAUUGAUGAUAAAACUUUUGGAUAACAAGAUUAUGCCAACAAUACCUGGGGAGUUAUCCGAACAAGGUAAGGACUUCAUUAAAAAAUGCUUUAUUCGAAAUUAUAAAGAACGGUGGACGGCUGAAAUGCUACUCCAACAUCCUUAUCUCAAUGAAGAAAAUGAAGCUCCAAUGAACAACAAGAAUGAAGCUACAAUGAAGAAAGAUAAUGAAGCUACAAUGCAGAAGGAUGAUGAAGCUACAGUGGACGCCUCAUGUUGUUUCAAUAAAUUGAUUUUAAAAUUCUCCAUAGCAAAAUUGUUUUUAACUUGUUUUAACCUAUAG